AUGCUUCUACUCAUUUCUUUUCUUCUUUUCACCUUCUAUUUUUCUUCAUCUCUUCUGUCUCUUUACACUUCUUCCUCUUUCUCUUUAACAUGUAUUUUUUCUUCCUCUCUUUGUCCCAUUCAUCAUUAUUCCAUCUCCAAUCCUUUUUAUCUUACUCUCUUCAUCCCCAUCUGUUUCUGCAUACUUUCCUCCUCUUCAUCAUUCUCUUCAUCUCACAUCACUUCUACCUGUUUUGCAUCUGUUUAUCUGCCUCUCCUUCAUUUCUUCACACUUUCCUUUUCCUCUUCUAUUUCUUAUCUUCCUCUAUUCAUCCUCUUCAUUCCAACUUUCUUCUCUUCAUUUCUUUCUUAUCUUCAUCUGCUAUAUAUUUCCCCCCCUACCUGCUCUUCCUCCUUUUCAUCUAUCUUCUCCCCUUUAUCCCUUCCUUUAUAUCUUACCUCUUCUCUAUCUAUUCACCUCAAUUUUCUCCUAUUCUUCUCUUUCUUAUUUUCUAUCUUCCUCUCUUCUUCCAAUUCUCUAUCCCUUCUUUAA